AUGAAUUUGGAAUUUACAGUUACUGAAACGAUUACGCGACAAUUCGGUCAAAUCAAUGAAAUAGAUUAUGAAUUUGAAGAAGUUACCAAUGAAGCUGUUUCUCUUGGUGUGACAAGUAAAAAAGAGCGACGUAUACGAGCCUACACUGCCAACAUAAAACGUGAUCAAUACAAUCAGCUCAUAACGCGUGCAAUCGAUGCUCUAUCGUUCGAUGAUUUUAUCUUAGUUUUACGACCGUUUGUUAUGGGACACUACGAUCAAUUCGAAUUAGAAAAGGCUUUUGAUAUUCUCGAUCGCGAUCGAUCAGGUUUUAUUCAUAUUGAAGAACUUAGUGUAUUUUUGACGACAAUCAAUCAGUAUGUCACAAGUGAUGCAUUGAGAAGUUACAUUCGAAAAGUUGACAUAAAUGCAGAUGGGAAUUUGACCUAUGAUGAAUUUCGUUCCUUGAUCUUGAAAGGUAUUGGUCGAGAUAUCAUCUGUAAUCAUCUAUGA